CAUGGGACAGAGGGGGCUUGCAUGGAGGGGGGAUGACAGCCACCCAGAGGGGCUGAAGACACACAUCAGAGACACACACACACACCCAGGGGGCUCACCUGCUGCACAUACACUCACAGAGGAUGUACAGACACUCACUGAGGUCGCAGUGGACACAAGUGUCCCCAAAGACAUCCAGACAGUAACUCCAGUCCUUUUACCAACGAGGAGGCUGUCAAAGGUGGAUAGUAUGCUGGUGUCAUCUGAGGCAGGGCAGGCCUGUCUGGUUCAGCCACCCUCUGAGAAGGCUCUGGUUGCUCCAGAGCAGAGGCCCACAGUGCCCCAGCCAAUGCCCAGAAAGAGAAGAAGCGCACCUCAGACAUGGUUGCUCACAGAACCAUCCCAGCCUAUAGAGAUGACACUCAAUGUAUCCACUGGACAGACACACACAGCCUCUAAUCUCACACACCAGACACCUGUGCAAGUUGAGGCAUCUACCCCUCUAGCAGCACCUGAGGAGACCCCCCCCACCACCACCACCACCCUGGGCGUGGUCAGCACACACACUGUCCCCCAGACCACACUCAAACCCACCGAAGAGGACACGGAGGGUGUGCAUCCAGCAGCAACCCUGGCCCCAGGGGUGUUCCCAGCCCCAGCCUUGACUGGGCCCUGGCCCACUCUGGGGGUGCUUAAUGCCUACAGUGAGCGGGCCACCCAGCUAGAGGUUUGGCUGGAGAGAGCCCAGCACAGCCUUGGAGUGCUGGAGCGGGCCGCCUCUGCCAGCAUGCAGGACAGUGUGGAGCAGCAGCUCCUCACGUGCCAGGAGAUGUUCCUGGAGAUAGAGCAGAAGGUAGCCAGUCUGUCUGUCCUGGAGCAGCAGGAGGGCUCAGCAGGGUCCCACCAGGAGGCUGAGGCCCUCUCCUCCAAACUGGAGCUGCUCAAGACCAGCCUGGUCACAUUCCAGCUGUUGUUGCAGGAGAGACAGAGCCAUGAGCAGAUGCACACCAGCACACAUACAGAGGAGCAGGUGCCGUCACCGUCAUCACCCAGAAAGCCCCCUCUAGAGGGAAGACUGCAGCGUAGCGCCAGUGUCCAGGAGAUUCUCUCUUCCUCCAAGAGCAAACUCUUUAGACAGACCAGCUUUCAACAGCAGAAGGAAUUGGAGCAGGAGCUGAGUGAGCAGAGAGGCCUGACCAAGGCUAUCGCCCAGCAGGGGAGUAGAGGUCGUCUCCACAGCCAGGCCCAAAAGGAUCAACCUCAGCCAUCCACACGAGUUCCUGUUGAACCUGAAGGAGGGGGGGAGGCAGGGGUCCAAAGGAAGUGGACACACCUUCACAACCAGCUUCUGGCCUUGGAGGAGACUGCACAGCAAGGUCCUUCUGAUGGGACAGACUCAUCUGUGAGUCAGAGCAAUGGAUCAGCCAGUAGUCUCAUUGACUCCCACAGCUUUCAGAACAUGCAGACACACAUAUGUCGGCUGCGAGAGCUGGGCCAGACUGCCAGUGAGGUGGUGACUCAGUCUGUGCCGGACGAGGAGGUUCAUCAGAGGCUGGAUGAGGGUCUGUUUGAGGUGCUAUGUGAGGUGGGCCUAUCUCUGUCCUCUCUGACCCGCCUCCUGCAGUCCCCCUCAGGGAAAUCACAUGAGGACACACAGCUCCAGCUGAUGCAGCUCGAGACUCUGGCAGCAGAGCUGGUGACCCUGGGUGGUGAGCUGACCUCCCAGGGGUCAGAGGUAAUUGGUGUUCUGGGGUCAGGUGGAGGUAAUCUGUGUGUGGAUCACCUGGGUAAACUCCUGCCUGUGGUCCAGAGCAGCCUGGCUGCCAGAGAGAAGCAGCUGCAGGCCCAACUGGAGAAGACAGGCCAUCACCAGACACUCUUAAAAGAGUUGCAUGCAGCCCUUCUUGCUAAUAAGUUGGCCGUACAACAAAUGACUAACGAAGCUGUCCCUCAAGACACUUGCAAGCAGCUACAGGCUGUGGUGCAGGUCCAGGGAGAGCUGCAGCUCCAGUCCAGCCAGGUGUCCUCCCUGCAGGAGAGGGCAGAGAGACAGGGUCUGCCCUCCACACUCAUAGAGGAGGCCUACAAGCUGGAGGUUGUGCUGGAAAAUGUGUUGGGCUCUGUGGGGGCCAGACGUGAGGAGCUGAGGGCCAGUGUGGAUCUCCAGCAGCAGUUUGAGAGGCUGCUACAUGGCCUGGAAGUGCUGGUCACCCUGGGCUCAGAGCGUCUCUCACAGAGGCCUGGUCUGGAGCUCCACACCAGGACUGAGCUACAGGACUGCCUUAGCACACAUUCGAAGUUCUUCCAGUUCCUGGGGAUCCACCUGGGGACCCUGCAGCACCUAUCCACGAGAGUCUCAGAGAGCAACCUCCAGAGGUGGGAGGGAGUGAUGAGGGGCCUCCAGGAGAGGGUGACCCAACUGCAGCAGCAGGCCCUGGAGAGAGGCACCACGAUGCAGCGGAUAUUACAGAUAUGGACACAGUGGGAGGAGGAAAGUACCAGUCUGGACACCCUGCUUAGGGAUAUGGAAGCUGACCUGUCCAAGAUGCACCUGGAGAAGGACUCAGUGGCACAGAUUUGCGAGACACUCUCUGUCUAUCAGAAAAUGAGAGCAGUCCUGAAUGAGAGUGGGGCAAAGUUCAGCCGGAUGCAGGAGCAGGGGAGGUGGCUGAAGGAGGCGGGUUGCCAAGGGGUGGGUGUGUUUGGGUGUGGCCUGGAGGCUCGCUGGACCACCUUUCACUUGAGGCUGGAGCAACAACGAGUCAGCACAGAUAGGAACAGGAAACUGUGGAGCAGGUUUUCCCGUGACUUUGUGGCACUGAGCAAGUGGAUCUGUGGGGCCAGAGAACAAAUCAACAGUUGGAUCAUUUUCACUCUCACAGCCAAUCAGGAGCGAGAUCUGAAACCCAUUCACUCCCACCUUAACCAGUAUAUGGACUUCACCAAAGAGCUGGAGGUUAGGUCGGCUCUGAAGGCCUCAGUGAUCACCACUGGAACACAGCUACUGCAGCUGAGAGAGGCAGAGGCAGAGACAGCGCCAGAGCUCCAGUCUGCUGCGCCAGAGCCUUGCUCUGUACAGACCCAGCUCAGACAGAUAGAGCAGGACUGGGCUGGCAUUCUGUCUGAUAUACCUGCUGUCCAGCAGACUCUGCAUCAGUUGUUGAUGGAGAGGCUGUCCCCACAGUGGGCCUUGACAGAGCUGCUAGCCUGGGUUGGAGAGACUGAGGCCAGGCUAGAAGAGCAGCGGGAUAGGGUCCACCAAACCACCUCCACCAACGCGGACCUCAACCUAGUCCUUCAGAGCUUCAAGGUGUGUAAGGCUGAGAUAGCAGUCCGCCAGCUCACAGUGGACUAUGUCAACCAGUCGGAGUUACAGACGAGCAGAGGGAGAUACGAACACCCAGAUUAUGCUGAUGAGCUGGGCGGUCUUAACCACCGCUGGCUCAGUCUACAGGGCACCCUCAACAACCAGAUCCAGGAUGUUGAACAGGAGCUGAGGAUGUGCACAGAGAGAGAGGUCAGACUGCAGCACCACCACACCUGGCUCACCAGUCAGAGAGAGUGGAUGGGCUCAGCCCAGAGGACUGUCAGUCACUCUGAGGUGGAGAAGAGCUUAAGAACCUGUGAGGGUCUGGAGGAGAAACUCUUGCUAAAUUAUACAGCUCUUCAAGAGUUGAGAGAGAAACACCACACAGGAAAAGAGGAUUGCACCUGUGCCUUCAUCACUCAGACAGAUGAUGUCAUUAAGGCCUGUACAGCCCUCAGUCAAGAGAACCCAGCUGUGCGACAGAGACUGAAACUGGUAUUGGAGCUGUGGGCUGGGUUUGAGAAAGGACUGAAUGAUGCAACACUGGGCACAGUGAAGACCUGCCAGGCUAUGGAAUACAGCUGCUUCCCUCAGCUUUCUCUCCAGGCCCUGCAAGGACUCCAUGAAAAGCUCCAGCUUCUAAGGAAGGAGACUGAGGGGUGUGACUCAGAAUGGGACGGUCUGAUCCACACUCUCUCCAUCCUCAGGGACAUGAUCAGUCCUACUGCCACCUUCCUCAUGUCAGAGCAACUGGAUAGAGAGAGAACCAGGUGGAAUAAGGUGAAUCGUGAGCUGGAGAAUCACCUGAAUAGAACUCAGACACUGCUCCAGAUCUGGGGGGCUUAUGCACGUCUCUCUGUACCUUUCUCCCAACGUCUGCAAACACUGAGGGGUGAUGUAACAGCUCUGAUGAACCAGCCACCUGGUCAGGACAACACUACACAGCUGGUUGCAGCCCAGAUACAGGCCGUCCAUAGCCUGCAGGAGAGAACAGACAGUUUACAGACCGACCUGGAGGGGGUGCUAGAGGCCUCUAAGGAACUCAGUGGACGAGUGGAACCCUCAUCUGCCGUCUUCAUCCAAUCAGAGAGCCGUAUGCUAACCCGUGGUGUCCUACAUCUGAGCCAGUCACUGGCCGAUAAGCUUGGGCAUCUCCAGGAAGAGCAUGAGCAGCUCCAGGAGUUUGAGAGUGUCUUGGCAUCCCUUGAGAAACACCUUGAGGACUGGGAGGGGAGACUGAAAAGUGUAACCGUGCCUCCACAAAUGUAUAUAUCCAAGAUGGGUCUGCUGGAGCUGAGUGGUUUCUCUCCUGACCUGGACAUACUGAAUGAGCUGAGCUACAGGCUGACCCUCAGUGACCCUGCCACCCACAGACUACAGAGCCUCAACUGGAGUUGGGCUCAGGCCUCGGCCCGUGCUGUGGAGACCUACAGUGAGUUGCAGACAGAGUCACUGAGGCAACAGAGUUUUCAGGAGAAGUGUGAGAACUGGAUGGACUUCCUACAGACGAUGGAGGACAGCCUAGCAGUAGACCUGGCCAGCACCUACAGCGGCCUGAGAGAGCAGCUACGCACACACCAGAGGUUCCAGUUAGAGAUGUCUAUCGGUCAUCAGAUCCUGCACUCUGUCAUCAAUGAUUCUCUACGUCUGCUGCAGAGGGGAGACGUGGAUGAUAGGAGUGACUUCAUCCUGAAGCUGGCCCAGCUGAGGGAGCACUGGCAGGGGGCUGUUCAGAGGGCAGCUCAAAGGAGCUCCCUGGUGGAGGGGCUAGUCAAACACUGGCACCUCUACAGCCGCAGCCUCAGGAAGCUCCAGAGGUUCGUAGCAGAUGCCCAGGCCCUCCUGCCCCCCACAGGGCCAGCCCACUGCAGCCUGCAGCAGCUCCGAAGCUCCCUCUACGACAUGAAGCACACGGAGCUGCUUUUCCAGAGGUACCAGUGCAGCUACAUCCACACUCUGGAGCUGGGCCGUCAGCUCUUCUCCAUGGGGGACGAACAGACUCAGGCACAGCUGCAGACCGAGCUGGCUACCCUGCAGGAGGACUGGGAGAACCUGCAAGGACUGCUGGAAAAGAGAAAGGACAUAACAAACGCUAUCAUUCAGAACUGGGAGCGCUGUGAGGCCAGACUAUCCGAUAGCAUGCAGCAGCUGGACACCAUGCAGACCGGACUGAAGCAGUCGAUCCCAGAACAUGACAAUGAGCUCCAAGUUACAGAGAAACUCACUGAGGAGGCUGAGAACUCACUGGAUGACUGGGCUGAGAGCCUGACUGAACUUGCCAACAUGAAGACGGACCUGUCCCAGUACAUCAUUGCUGACGACGUGCUGCUACUCCAGGAGCAGGUGGAGCACCUCCACUGUCAAUGGGAGGAACUCUGCCUCAAGGUCUCCCUACGCAAACAGGAGAUAGCAGACCGUCUCAAUGCAUGGAUCAUCUUUAAUGAGAAAAACAAGGAGCUUUGUGAAUGGCUGACGCAGAUGGAAAACAAAGUGGCACACAAUGCCGACAUCAGCAUCGAGGAGAUGGUGGAGAAGCUGAAGAAGGACUGUAUGGAGGAGAUCAACCUCUUCAGUGAGAAUAAAACCCACCUGAAGCUGCUUGGAGAGCAGCUCAUCACCGCUAGCAACAAGACCAAGGAGACCGAGGUCAACGACAAGCUGAAGGACAUCAAUGACCGCUGGCAGCACCUGUUUGACCACAUAGAGACCAGGGUGAGGAAGCUAAAGGAGACGCUGGUGACAGUGCAGCAGCUGGAUAAGAACAUGAGCAACCUGCGUACGUGGCUGUCACGGAUCGAGGCCGAGCUGGCCAAGCCCGUGGUCUACAGCGUCUGCCACAGUGAUGAGAUCCAGAGGAAGCUGGCUGAGCAGCAGGAUUUGCAGCGGGACAUUGAGCAGCACACGGAGGGCGUAGCGUCAGUUCUGACUCUCUGUGAUGUUCUUCUCCACGAUGCUGACGCCUGUGGGAGCGACACAGAGAACGACUCCAUCCAACAGACCACCCGCAGCUUGGACCGCCGCUGGAGGAACAUCUGUGCCAUGUCCAUGGAGAGGAGGAUGAGGAUUGAGGAAACAUGGCGACUGUGGUGUAAGUUCCUAGAUGACUACUCCCGCUUUGAGGACUGGCUGAGGACAGCUGAGCGCACUGCGGCCAACCCUGUCUCGGCGGAUGUCCUCUAUACCAGCGCCAAGGAGGAACUCAAGAAGUUUGAGGCUUUCCAGAGGCAGGUCCAUGAGAGGCUGACCCAGCUAGAGCUGGUCAACAAGCAGUAUCGCCGUCUGGCCAGAGAGAACCGCACCGACGCCUCCAGCAAACUCAAGGUCAUGGUUCACGAGGGCAACCAGCGCUGGGACAGCCUGCAGAAGAGGGUGGCCGCCGUUCUCCGUAGACUCAAGCACUUUACCUCUCAGAGGGAAGACUUUGAGGGCACACGGGAGGGUAUCCUGGUCUGGCUCACUGAGAUGGACCUGCAGCUAACCAACGUCGAGCACUUCUCAGAGAGCGACAUCGAGGACAAGAUGAGGCAGCUCAAUGGCUUCCAGCAGGAGAUCACUCUGAACACCAAUAAGAUCGAUGCUCUGAUCGUGUUUGGGGAGAACCUGAUCCAGAAGAGUGCUCCUCUGGACGCCGUGCUGAUAGAGGAUGAGCUGGAGGAGCUGCACUCCUACUGCCAGGAGGUGUUUGGCAGGGUGGCCCGCUUCCACCACCGCCUCAUCAACAGACGCCCGGUUCUGGAGGAGGAGCGGGACCUGUCUGACCACGACACAGAUCUGGAGGACUCAGCGGAGCUGGCUGGAAGUUCCUGGGGGGAGGAAGACGAAGAGGAAAAGGAGGAGGAUGAGUCCCGAGUGACGGGCGAGUCAUUGGGACGGCAGGCCGUGUGCCGUCUCUUGGCCCCCCCUCUGGAGUGUUCAGGGCGAGAGACCCCAGUCAGCGUGGACUCUAUCCCCCUGGAGUGGGACCACACUGUGGACGUGGGGGGAUCUUCAUCCCAUGAGGAUGAGGAGGAUGCUACCUACUAUAGCGCCAUGUCAGAUGUAGAAAUCACUGAGAGCUCAGAGUCCUUUGUUAAGGCAACUGCCAAAGCAUUGAGAGCAGUCUCGGUGAAGUCGGUGACAGACCCCCCCAGCUGGCACUCCCCUGAGCCACAGGAGAGGAAACAUGUUCCCAGGGACAUCAUCCUGGGCUCCUCUCCCACCCACAUCACCAGCACCCCCUUUCACCAGCAGGGCUAUGUCAAGCUGAUGUCAGAGUGCAGUGGCAGUAUCGACAGUGUGAAGAGGGUCAAACUGAUCUUAAAUGACGAGGAGCUGGAGGACCAAGGCCUCACCACGUUAACCACCGCAGACAAACAGACUGGUGUGAUCGAGCGCUGGGAGCUGCUGCAGGCCCAGGCCCUCAGUGACGAGCUGUGCAUCAAACAGGACCUGCAGCAGUGGCAGAAGCUGAACUCUGACCUCAAUGAGAUCACUUCCUGGCUGGGCCAUGUGCUGCCAGAGCUAGAGAGGCUGCAGAGGCUGGCCCCGGCUACCAGCAUCCGAGACAUGGAGGGCAACAUCAGGAGACUCAAGGAGAUGCAGAAGACGUUCAACAGCUACAAGUCUCUGAUGAUCUCCAUCAACCUGAGUGGGCAGGACUUCCAGUGUGGGGACAGUGCUGAGCUGCAGGAGCUGCAGGAGGGCCUGAGGACAGCCAAUCACAGCUGGACACAAGCCUGCGUCGGCCUGGAGAGCUGGGAAGAACGACUGCAGAGCGCACUCAUGCAGUGCCAGGAGUUCCAUGAGACGCUGCACUCCAUGUUGCUGUGGCUGGCCAGGGCUGAGAGCACACACUACGCCGUCAACAUCCAUGACCGGUUUGCACAGCACUCUGUCCUGCUGGAGCACAGAGACACACUCAUGGCCCUGGAAGAAGAGUUGCGUGGGCGCCAGCGGCAGGUCUCCUCCCUUCAGGAGAUCUCCUCCCAGCUCCUCCUGGAGGCCACGGCCGACGACAGCGUCGAGGCAAAGGAGAAGGUCCACGUUAUCGGCAACAAGCUCCGACUCCUACUGCGCCAGGUGGCCAAUGACCUGCACAUCCUGCAAGGCAGGCUGGAAUCGUGUCCAACCAGCUCUGAGAUGGAUAGUGUUGCUCCGGGAUCGCUCAGCUCUCAACUCCAGCUGCAGAAGGAGCAAGCUGGAAUGAGAGCUGCAGGAGUCCAAGACGCAGGCUGCAGAAAGGAGGAGAAGGGAGACUCUUCCUCAGCUCGGCCAUUCUUCUACAGGGUACUGCGUGCUGCCUUCCCCCUCCACCUGCUCUUCCUGCUGCUGCUGGUGCUGGCUUGCCUGGUGCCUCUGUCUGAAGAGGACUACAGCUGUGCCCUGUCCAACAACUUUGCCCGCUCCUUCUACCCCAUGCUGCGCUACACCAACGGCCCCCCGCCCACAUGAGACAGCAACAACACCCACUCCCCUAACACCCACCCCCCUGCCCCCGCCUUUUAAAGUCCCCAUCCACCACUGUCGGAAACGGACCCGAAAAACACACAGACUGGAGCCAAGCGUUCUGUUUCUCCACUCCAAAUGUUUUUUUUUUUUUUAUUGUCUAAAGUAAAAUUGAAUUAGGUAUUUAUAUUUAUAUUUAAUAUAUGUUGAGCGCUCAUGAAGUUAUGCGGCUCUGAAAAUAAGCCAUAUCAUUGGUUUGAAGUAAACAUUUUUAUAUGUAGUGAAGAUGUUGAUUAUUAUCCCCAUCGAGUUGUUUUCCACAUACAAAAAAAUAUUUCAAAGUUAUUUUAAUAGCUUUGUUUUAUCAUUGCAGAUACUGUAUACUCAUAAUAAUGGCAAACUGCAGUUGCUACCAAAGGAUCAGAGUACUGAGGAUAUUGAUCAUUACUGUUUCUACCAUUUUACUUAGGACAACCAAUUGUGGAUAGCACAUUUUUGUACAUAGACUGAAAACGAUUUUGUUUUUGUCUGUUUGAUUUAGAAUCAUGUACACUGUGAUAUGUAAUUUUCACUGAAUUAUGGUAGCGAAUCAACUGCAAACAUGCCUUGCUGUAGUCAAUCUGUUUUUGUUUAAAAAUAUUUUAUUUACACUAGUGUACCUAUGAUUUUGUGUGAGUAACCCUAUCUCCCACAGAGGCCUUGUGUGAUUGUGGGCCACCCUGGGCUGAUGGGGGACAUAUUGAGUGCGGCUUACAAAUCGUUUUAGCACCGGAGAACUAAAUCAACAACGUUUGGAUGUACCCAUCUGGAAGCUGCUCUAUUACACUUUUCUUUCCUGCGAAUAUUGUGAGUAAAAUCUGAUGCUGUCAUACCUGUAAAAUACCGUAAAUACACUACAGUAUAUGAAUAUAUAUGUGACAUGAACCUGGGCCAGUCAGUGAGCGAUUAAUGUUGCGGUGUACAUGCAGAAUCAAAGAGUACGUAUAGACUAGAAGGUUUCCUGUCCGUAUGCUUUGGCUUUCUUCACAAAGAAGGCUUACUCAUGUGUAAAAAAUUACAGGCAAGCUGGAGCUGAUCAGAGAACAGUUAAUUUACCUGGCUCCAUUAUUAGUGUACAUAGUCAAGUCACUUUGUACUGCUCUGUAGUACAAUGAAACAAAGAAAACAAUGGUGUACAGUUGAAUACAUUUUUUAAUGUUUAUUUAUGGAUGAUGAAUAGCUUGAAUUCAUUUUUACUUGACAAUAAACAUUGUUUGCCAUAA